UUAGGCACUACAACAAGAAAACACAAGCAUAAACACACAUAAUAAAAAGGAGAAGAGAGGAGAGGAGAGAAGAGAAGACGACCUCCACUGCCACUGCCCAAAAGCGGAAGCAGAAGCCAGGCAUUAUAACCACCCAAAAUCGAAUCCAUCAACCAAAAAAGAAGACGAGAGAAGGAAGAAGAAGAAGAAGAGAGGAGAAAGUGAGUGCACACUCUACUCUUCUUUAGGAGAGCACAGUUCCAAGAAAAGCUUCGAGCUUUUUCGAUCUUUCGGCCAUGGGGGCGCGGUGGCUGCAGCUGCCGUGCACUUCCCUUCUCCUCGUGCUCAUCGCCGCCGCGUCCGUCGCCGGCGACGAGAAGUGCACGGCGUGCGGCACCCCGUCCCCCUGCGGCACGACGUGCACGUACGCCAGCCCACCUCCGCCGGACCUACCAACUCCGGUGUACUACCCGCCGCCGCCGCCGGUGUACUACCCUCCGCCGUCUCCCCCGCCGGUGGUCUACCCACCGCCGUCAACCAACUGCCCGCCGCCGCCGUACGGCGGCGGCGGCGGCUACGAGCCGACGCCCGGUUACAACCCAACACCGUCGUACAACCCGACGCCGUCGGGGUGGUUCACGCCGCCGAACCUGCCGUCGUACCUCACGCCACCGGGGACGCUCUACCCGCAGGACCCGGGGUUCCGGCCGAACGCCGCGGCGGGCAGCACCGUCUCAUGGCGCGCGGUGGUGCUCACGGCGGCGGCGGUGGCCGGAGCCCUGGCCUUGUGAUCGGCGACGGAUGGUAAUUAAUUGCUCGGCGUUUUAUUUCCCUUCUUAUGUGUUAAUAAUAAGAUUAGAGGAGAUAAUCCGGUAAGAUAAUUUUUUUUUGUUAUUGCUGUUGAUGUUCAUGUUGUUGUUGUUGUCAUCGUUGUCAGUAAAAUUAAUUGUUCUUGUCAUGUAUGUAUGUUGAUCGAUCCCUUUUGGUAUAGGAAAGAUGUACAUCAGACUCUGUAAUCCAUAUAUUUAUGGGAUAUAUGUGUCUAAUCAAAUUUCAAUUACAUAUGCUAA